CGGGCCCAAUAGGGAGGAGCAGGGUAUGACUGGGCAGGCACCAUUUAGAAAUCGCGCUCAGCCAAUGAGGAAGCAGCAGGUAGCACCCCCUAAAGAGUCCUGCAGUGAGUAGGCGAAGGCACAUCGCCGGGAAGUCGGGCAGCGCCGCUAUCAUAGUCAUCUCAGGCUUGUGUUAACUCAAGUGAGCGCUGCGCAAGGGAAACUUUCCAAGCGUUUUUCUUUGGCAUGAGCAGCCUGGGGGAGGCGGAGGGACGGGCUGUGCUAGUCAGUGCGGAGGCGGGGGAAGAGCUCACCUUCACUAGAAGAGGAAGAAAAGGUGCAGCGACGGAGAAGAGCUGUAACAGGAGGAAGGAGCUCGGGGCGGUGCGAGGAUCCGCUCCGUUUGGCUAAACUCGCUCCUAACUAGUGACCUGCUCUCUGAGGGGCCCCGGACUCCCCGCACCACUUAGUGGAUAUAAGGCUGCAGCAGCUGUGACUGGGACACAAACAUGGACAGCGCUCACGCCAAGACAGUCAGUGAGGUGCUGCGGCACUUCGAAGUGAAUGAGAACUGCGGACUGAGCAGCGAGCAGGUCCGGAGGAGCCGAGAGAAAUAUGGGCUGAACGAGUUGCCAGCUGAAGAAGGAAAAUCUCUUUGGGAAUUGGUUCUGGAGCAGUUUGAAGACCUCUUAGUUCGCAUUCUUCUCCUUGCUGCUUUUGUUUCUUUUAUACUGGCCUGGUUCGAAAAAGGUGAAGAGACAACAACUGCUUUUGUAGAACCAAUAGUUAUUAUUUUGAUCUUAGUAAUCAAUGCCUUUGUGGGAGUAUGGCAGGAGAGGAAUGCAGAGAGUGCUAUUGAAGCCCUCAAGGAAUAUGAACCAGAGAUGGGGAAGGUGAUCCGUGCAGAUCGGAGUGGUGUGCAGCGCAUCAGAGCCAGAGACAUUGUCCCUGGAGAUAUUGUAGAAGUUGCAGUUGGAGACAAGGUACCUGCUGAUAUUCGAAUUACAGAGAUUCGAUCUACUACACUUCGUGUUGAUCAGUCUAUUCUUACAGGGGAAUCUGUGUCUGUGACAAAACAUACAGAUCCUAUUCCAGACCCAAGAGCUGUUAAUCAGGACAAGAAAAAUAUGCUUUUUUCUGGCACAAAUAUUGCAGCUGGAAAGGCAGUGGGGAUAGUAAUUGCCACUGGUAUUUACACAGAAAUUGGAAAGAUCAGAAACCAAAUGGUUGCGACUGAACCUGAGAAGACACCGUUACAACAGAAGCUUGAUGAAUUUGGUCAGCAGCUCUCAAAAGUCAUCUCCCUUAUCUGUGUAGCUGUCUGGGUGAUCAAUAUCGGCCACUUUAAUGACCCUGUGCAUGGUGGCUCCUGGUUUCGUGGUGCGAUCUACUAUUUUAAAAUUGCAGUGGCAUUGGCUGUAGCAGCUAUUCCAGAGGGACUUCCAGCUGUGAUAACGACCUGUCUGGCUUUGGGUACACGUCGCAUGGCAAAAAAGAAUGCCAUUGUAAGGAGCCUUCCAUCUGUUGAGACACUUGGGUGCACUUCUGUCAUCUGUUCAGACAAGACUGGUACAUUAACCACAAAUCAGAUGUCUGUUUCCAGGAUGUUUGCAAUUGAAAAAAUUGAAGGGGUAAAUUGCAGCUUUCAUGAGUUCAGUAUUACUGGAUCCACGUAUGCCCCAGUAGGUCAAGUCCUUGAAGAUGAACAGCCUGUUAACUGUGGACAAUAUGAUGGAUUGGUGGAAUUAGCAACAAUCUGUGCCUUGUGCAAUGAUUCCUCCUUGGAUUUCAAUGAGUCCAAAGGAGUUUAUGAGAAGGUUGGAGAGGCAACUGAGACUGCUUUGACAUGCUUGGUUGAAAAGAUGAAUGUUUUUAAUACCGAUUUGAGUAAUCUUUCAAAGGUGGAGAGAGCAAAUGCCUGCAAUUCUGUAAUCAAGAAACUGAUGAAAAAAGAGUGCACGCUGGAGUUUUCAAGGGAUCGCAAGUCCAUGUCUGUCUAUUGCACCUCUGUAGCUGCCAAUUCAGGUCAUUCUGCUAGCAAGAUGUUUGUCAAGGGUGCUCCCGAAAGUGUGAUUGAACGCUGCAACUAUGUGCGUGUUGGCUCUGCAAAGCUUCCCCUGACUCCAUCUGCAAGAGAAAAGAUCAUGUCCAAGAUUCGGGACUGGGGUACUGGUAUAGACACACUUCGCUGUCUUGCCCUCGCAACCCGAGAUGUCCCACCAAAAUUAGAAGAUUUACAGCUGGAUGAUUCUACAAAAUUCAUCAAUUAUGAGACUAACCUGACAUUUGUGGGAUGUGUUGGAAUGUUGGAUCCUCCCAGAAAAGAGGUUUCUACCUCAAUAGAACUGUGCAAGAAAGCUGGUAUUAAAGUAAUAAUGAUAACUGGUGAUAACAAAGGUACUGCAGUGGCAAUCUGCCGGAAGAUUGGAAUUUUCUCAGAUUAUGAGGAUAUAACAGACAAAGCAUAUACUGGAAGGGAGUUUGAUGAUCUACCACCAGAGAAACAGAGAGAAGCCUGCCAUAGUGCCCGUUGCUUUGCACGUGUGGAACCAGCACAUAAGUCCAAGAUUGUUGAAUAUCUACAGUCCUACAAUGAAAUUACUGCCAUGACUGGUGAUGGGGUAAAUGAUGCGCCAGCCCUUAAAAAGGCAGAGAUUGGCAUUGCUAUGGGCUCGGGCACUGCAGUGGCAAAAUCUGCUGCAGAAAUGGUCUUGGCUGAUGACAACUUCUCAUCUAUCGUGUCUGCAGUAGAGGAGGGGAGAGCCAUUUACAACAAUAUGAAGCAGUUCAUCCGCUAUCUCAUUUCUUCAAAUGUUGGCGAGGUUGUCUGUAUCUUUCUGACUGCUAUUCUUGGUUUGCCUGAAGCACUUAUUCCAGUUCAGCUUCUCUGGGUAAACCUGGUCACUGAUGGUCUCCCUGCCACUGCCCUGGGAUUCAAUCCACCUGACUUAGACAUCAUGGAGAAACUUCCUCGAAAUGCAAGGGAACCGCUCAUCAGUGGCUGGCUCUUUUUCAGAUACCUUGCAAUUGGAGUUUAUGUUGGCUUGGCCACUGUGGGUGCUGCAACAUGGUGGUUCUUAUAUGACGAAGAUGGGCCACAAGUCACUUUUUACCAGCUAAGGCAUUUCAUGAAAUGUACUGGCGACAACCCUUUGUUUUCAGGAAUUGACUGUGAGGUUUUUGAGUCCCGUUACCCCACUACUAUGGCACUUUCUGUUUUAGUAACAAUUGAGAUGUGCAAUGCCCUAAACAGUUUGUCUGAGAAUCAGUCAUUACUAAGGAUGCCUCCAUGGCUCAACAUUUGGCUGCUUGGUGCUAUAAUUAUGUCUAUGGCUCUGCACUUCCUGAUCCUCUAUAUACAACCAAUGCCGUUAGUUUUCCAAGUCACUCCGUUAAAUUGGACUCAGUGGGUGGUGGUUCUGAAGAUUUCAUUGCCAGUUAUCCUGCUUGACGAAGGACUGAAAUAUAUAUCAAGACAUCAUCUAGACGGCCUGCUAAAAACAGUAGAACAGUCUUGGAAUGGGACUGCGCAAAUGAAACCACAUAGAUCUCAUGACCAGACUGGCACUUAACAGGAAAAACAGGUUUAAGCAACACACUGACAACAACAUUUCUGAGUAAAGAAACCUUACAUUGCAAGUCCAACUGAAGUCUCCUGCAUGAGCAGCCAUUACAAGAGAACAAGCAGAAAUCGCAUGUCUCCUACCCAAGGAGACAACUGUGGGGAAACGUAAAAACCGCAAAAUACUGAAAUAUUUGUUAGUAGCUUUUUUUUUCUGUGUAUAAAGGUGCAAUCACUGGACAGCUGAAUUGUGGUUUGGGGAUAUAUGUUGUUACAAUUUUUAGGGUUUAAAAUGCAGCUCUUGAAUAUUCAGGACCUGUCUUAUAUUUCAAUUUUUGUUACUGUAAAUUGAAGAUAUUAACAAGCCCCCCCCCCAUGUCAAAUAGACAUGCAAGAAAAACAAAUGGCCCUUUUGUAGUGUGCAUAAUGAUCAGACAUUGAGGUUUGAGGGUUCAAUUUGAACAAGAUGGUUUCAUAAAUGUUGGUAAAGCUCUGUCAGUCGCACAGUCCUACUGCAGUUGUGCAUUUCAAGUUGCCAAAGUGUAAGCUUUACUAUAUAAAUUGCAAGAUUUACUUUUACUACAUUAUUGACAUGCCUCUGAGAAGCCAUGACAUUGUUUGUGUGAACCUUUCAAUGGUUUAAUUUAAAUAUCACUAUUUACAGUGCCUGAGAAUUGCAUCCCUUUGUAGAGCUGAUUUAUGUUUCUCUUCUAAUGCAUUUCAGCUCAUCCACUUUAUAUAUAAACACUUAUAAGGGGUAAUAUAUUAUAAGGUGCAGAGCUAUAUAGCAACCAAAAAGCAGGUAGGAUAUUCUGAUCACCCUUGGUGUUACUGUGCCUGGGCAAACAAUGUGCCUUUGGUUUGAGUGUAUUGCCAUACAGUGGCACUGGUUCCCAGUAAGCUUUCAGGCUAAUGUCACACAAAACAUGGAAUUGCCUUCAUUACUUCACUGAAAUUACCAAAGCUUGUGUUUAGUAACUGUGACUUGUAUAUGGAACAGUUACAGUAAAAUUACAUUUGGAAUUGUCUCCUAUCAUUUCACAUGGCAUCACCACAAGUAUGGCACAGUUAUCACCUGAAACCACAGAAAUUGAUUCCAGUUGUUCACAACAGCAAUUUAAUGUUUUUUUACACAACUAUUAAAUACAGGCACAUCUCCUGUUGUGAUAGUAGUAUUACCAAUAAUGAAUAGACAUUUUAUUUCCAAAUCUAAAGUCAAAUUUUGCAGACCCUAGCAUUUUAGUUUCUGAACAAGGAUUGUUAACCCUGUGUCUGCCCACCUAUUUGGAAUAAUAGCAUCCAGCAUUGUGAGAGUACCACAACUGCUAUAAGGAUAUCUAACAUCCCUGACUUACACCUUGCUCCCCACAACUGGGGCAAACACAUCUGGGCCCUUUGUUUUCUUUAGUGAGUUAUUUAUAUAACGUAUUUAUAUAAUGGUCUUUGUACUACAAUGACACCAGAAAUCAUAACAAUUUAGGGUUUCUUGUUCUUGAGCAAAGCCAUGCAAUGUGUGUACUUUUAUAUUCACUGUGAUGAUGGAACCACACAGUAAAACUGUUUCAAUUGCCCCAAUAUGUAAUAUCCAAGGCUCUCUUUAGCAAAUCAUUUUGUGUCUCCUUGUCUUAAUAUUUGGAUCUUAGUGGGUUUCCUUCCUUAUAGGUAAUUGAUCUCCAUGUACCACAGCUCCAAAGAGGUAAUGAAUAUAUGUCAGUGUAUAGAGCCCCAGGAUUCCCCUGUUGUUGGUUUGUGUUUUGUUCCUGGUCUCACAGCAGUUACUGGCCUAACUCCACAUGAUUAUAAGGCUUUAUCCAACGUACAGGCAAAGUUUACGAAGAAAACACAUAAUUUCAUUUACAAUUUUAUAGAAGACAUUUUGUGUAAAAAAAAUAGAACAUGUCCAGUGCAUUAUACUCUUUAAGAUAUAGAAGAAUUGUGCUUAAAAAAAAAAAAGCUGUGCAGGGGAGUCGGCGGCACUCAGUCGGCUGCUCACU